UGCUAGAGCUGCAUUGUACAUCAGCCGGUGGGAUUUUGAAUAUAAAACAUGACUCCUUCGUUCUCACUGGUCCUUGGGAAACCUCAUUGAAACACUUUGUGUAAAAAAAGUUUGGAAAUGCAGCUGAAAUAUCUCAAAACCCUUCUCACCCCUCAAGCUGGUGCAGCUAGGAUUCCCUGUAUGGUAUGGGCACCCAACAACACAAAGUUUGCCAUUUGCACUUUGGACAGAGUAGUGCUGCUAUAUGAUGAGCAUGGAGAAAGAAGGGAUAAAUUCUCAACCAAGCCAAUUGAUGCAAAGUAUGGAAAGAAGAGCUAUGUCGUGAAUGCUAUGGCAUUUUCUCCUGAUUCAACAAAAAUUGCCAUUGGACAAAGUGAUAAUGUAAUUUUUGUCUAUAAAAUUGGAGAAGAUUGGGGUGAUAAGAAGGUUAUCUGUAAUAAAUUUGUACAAACGAGUGCAGUAAUCUGUUUGAUUUGGCCAGCUGAAUAUGAUAUUGUUUUUGGAUUGGCAGACGGAAAGAUUCGACUUGCUGAUACAAAAUCAAACAAAUCAAAAACAAUUUAUGGAACAGACUCUUAUGUUGUUUCUUUAGUGUCAAAUGUGUCUGGAAGAGGCAUCCUGUCAGGUCAUGCUGAUGGUACAGUUGUUCGUUAUUUCUUUGAUGAUGAAGGCUCUGGAGACUCUCAGGGUAAACUGUUCUCUCAUUCUUGUCCUCCGUAUGCUUUGGCUUGGUCUGCUUAUGGUAUACUUGCUGCUGGUUGUGAUCAAAAAAUUGUGGCAUAUGGCAGAGAAGGGCAUAUCCUCCAGACCUUUGACUAUAGCCGUGACAUUUCUGAGAAAGAGUUUACAGUAGCUUCUGCCAGCCCAAGCGGCCAAUCUGUUGUUAUUGGCAGUUAUGACAGGCUAAGGGUUUUUAACUGGAGCCCUCGUAGAAAUGCUUGGGAAGAGUCAAAACCAAUGGAAAUUGAAAAUAUUUAUACAAUAACUGCAUUGGCAUGGAAGAAAGAUGGAUCAAGACUGUGUGUGGGGACAUUAUGUGGUGGAGUGGAACAAUUUGACUGCUGUAUUCGCAGAAGUAUUUACAAAAAGAAAUUUGAAAUGACUUAUGUAGGGCUUAGCCAGGUUAUUGUGAAGAACCUGUCUUCUGGUACAAGGGUGGUAUUGAAAUCCCACUAUGGUUAUGAGAUAGAUGAAGUUAAGAUCAUGGGAAAGGAUCGCUAUCUGGUAGCUCAUACAUCAGACACAUUGCUACUUGGAGACCUCAUUUCCAACAAACUGAGUGAGGUGGCUUGGCAGGGUUCUGGAGGAAAUGAAAAAUUUUUCUUUGAGAAUGAAAAUGUGUGCAUGAUUUUCAAUGCUGGAGAAUUGACUCUUGUAGAGUUUGGCAAUAAUGAAAUACUGGGAUCUGUUCGAACAGAAUUCAUGAACCCACACCUGAUCAGUGUUCGUUUAAACGAAAGAAAACAAAGAGGUAUUGAAGACAAUAAGAAACUUGCAUAUCUUGUUGACAUGAAGACAAUAGCUAUUUUGGAUCUUGUUGGGGGAUAUAACCUUGGGACAAUCAGUCAUGACAGCAAAAUUGAUUGGCUGGAACUAAAUGAAACUGGAUGCAAGUUACUUUUUAGAGAUAAGAAACUUCGGUUACAUCUAUUUGAUGUUGAGAAUGGAAGCAAAACUACUGUAUUGAAUUAUUGCUCAUAUGUUCAGUGGGUUCCUGGCAGUGAUGUUGUAGUUGCCCAAAACAGAGGCAAUCUCUGUGUCUGGUAUAACAUUGAUAGCCCAGAAAGAGUCACCAUGUUUCCACUGAAGGGAGAUAUAGUUGAUCUAGAACGCAGUAAUGGUAAAACAGAAGUGAUUGUGACUGAAGGAGUAAACACCAUUUCAUAUACUCUGGAUGAAGGGCUUGUGGAAUUUGGUACUGCCAUUGAUGAUGGAGACUAUGACAGGGCCACUGCAUUUCUUGAGACACUUGAGAUGUCCGCUGAAACUGAAGCCAUGUGGAAAACUCUGAGCAAACUAUCAUUGGAGGCAAAACAGUUGCACAUUGCUGAAAGGUGCUUUGCUGCUUUGGGAGAUGUGUCUAAAGUGAAAUUUCUGAAUGAAACCAACAAAAUUGCAGACAGAGCAGCAAAGGAGUUUGGGGUUGAUGGUUCGGAAUUCUAUCAGGUGAAAGCUCGUCUUGCAAUGUUAGAGAAGAAUUUUAAGAUGGCAGAAAUGUAUUACUUGGAGCAGAAUGCCAUUGAUGAAGUUAUAGAGAUGUAUCAAGAGCUUCACAUGUGGGAUGACUGUAUAGCUGUUGCGGAAGCAAAGGGUCAUCCUGAACUAGAUAACCUUAAGAGGAGUUAUUAUCAGUGGCUAAUGGAAACAAACCAAGAUGAGAAAGCUGGUGAAUUAAAGGAAAAUGAACAUGACUACAGCGGUGCUAUUGAUUUAUAUCUAAAGGCAGGCUUGCCAGCCAAGGCAGCCCGUUUAGCUCUAAGCAGGGAUGAAUUAAUAGCCAACAACAAUAUUGUAAGCAGAAUUACAUCUUCAUUAAUCAAAGGCGAUUUUCAUGAAAGGGCAGGAGACCUGUUUGAAAAAACUGGAAAUCAUCAAAGGGCCCUGGAAUGUUAUCGAAAGGGAUUUGCCUUUAGAAAAGCGGUGGAGCUUGCACGUUUUGCUUUCCCUGCGGAUGUUGUCAAGUUAGAAGAGGCCUGGGGAGAUUACUUGGUGCAGCAGAAGCAGAUGGAUGCUGCAAUCAAUCAUUACAUUGAAGCUGGCUGCUCCUCAAAAGCUAUUGAGGCUGCUAUUGGAGCACGGCAGUGGAAGAAAGCUGUCCAUAUUUUGGAACUCCAGGAUGACAAAGCGGCAGUAAAGUAUUACUACAUAAUAGCCCAGCACUAUGCAUCGGUACAAGAAUUUGAGGUGGCCGAAAGAUUCUAUGUCAAAUCAGAUCGUAUAUCUGAAGCAAUAGAGAUGUAUACUCAAGCAGGACAGUGGGAACAUGCUCAUAAGCUGGCAACAAAGUGUAUGAAUCAAGAAGAUGUUACAAAACUCUACAGGAAAAGGGCAGAAGAGCUUGAAAAGCAAGGGAAGUUCAAGGAAGCAGAGAGGCUUUACACAACUAUAGAUGAACCAGAUUUAGCAAUAACUAUGUACAAAAAACAUAAGAUGUACAAUGAUAUGAUUCGCUUAGUUGCAAAGCACCAUAAGGAUUUGCUAACUGAGACACACCUCUAUCUGGCAAAGGAGCUGGAAGCAGAGUCUAGAUUUCAGGAAGCAGAAUAUCACUAUUUAGAGGCAAAGGAGUGGAAAUCCGUGGUAAAUAUGUUCAGAUUGAAUGAGAUGUGGGAAGAAGCCUACAGGGUUGCAAAAGCCCAUGGAGGAGCAAAUGCCCAUAAGCAGGUGGCAUAUUUAUGGGCUAAAAGUCUGGGAGGAGAGGCAGCAGUAAAGUUAUUAAACAAGUUUGGGUUGCUAGAGAUGGCUAUUGACUACGCUGUGGACAAACGCUCAUUUGAUUUUGCCUUUGAAUUGGCACAACUUUCAAUGAAACACAAAAUACCUGAGGUUCAUCUACAGCAUGCCAUAUUUCUUGAAGAUGAGGGGAAAUUUUCUGAUGCAGAAGUUGAGUUUAUCAAGGCUGGAAAACCGAAGGAAGCAGUAUUAAUGUAUGUUCACAAUCAAGACUGGAACAGUGCACAGCGGGUGGCAGAGGCUUAUGAUCCUGAGAGCGUUGCAGAGGUCUUAGUUGGACAGGCUAAGUUUGUCUUUGACCAGAAAGAAUAUCAAAAGGCAGAGGCAUUCCUACUCCGAGCACAAAGACCAGAACUAGCAAUUAAAUAUUACAGAGAAGCUGGGAUGUGGAGUGAUGCUAUUCGUAUUUGCAAAGAGUACAUUCCAAACAAAUUAGAACUCUUGCAAGAAGAGUAUGAAAAAGAGGCAAUGAAAAAGGGAACCAGAGGUAUUGAAAGCUUAGUUGAGCAUGCACAAGAAUGGGAGCAGUCAGGUGAAUAUGCCAGAGCAGUGGAAUGCUACCUAAAAGUGAAAGAUACUGACAAUGUUUCACUUAUGGAAAAGUGCUGGAUGAAGGCUGCUGAUCUGGCCAGUAAAUUCUUCAGUCGGGAGAAAGCAGUAAAUGUGAUCCAGAUUGUUGGACCUCGGCUCAUUGGAAUUCAGAAGUACAGUGCGGCUGCUGAGCAGUUUCUUAGCCUAGAUCUCAUUAAAGAAGCAAUAGAUGCGUUUAUUGAGGGAGAAGAAUGGAACAAAGCCAAGAGAGUGGCCAAAGACUUUGAUUCAAGAUAUGAAGACUAUGUGGACCAGUGCUACAAAGAACACUUAAAAAACCAAGGAAAAGUAGACUCUCUUGUGGGAGUUGAUGUCAUGGCAGCACUUGAUAUGUAUGCUGAGAGAGGUCAGUGGGAAAAAUGCAUUGAAACUGCAUCAAAGCAGAACUACAAAGUUCUUCACAAAUAUGUAGCUUGGUAUGCCUCUAACUUGAUCAAUGAGGGGCACUCAGAAAAGGUUUUAAGUCUGUAUAAUCAGCAUGGUUCUCCUGCCUACCCACAGAAUUUUAAUAUUUACAGACACUUGUUUCGUGACAUGCUGAGCCUGAGUGGCACAAACAAUGCUGAAGCAUAUCGUACAUGGGCAGAACUGAGAGAUGUACUGUUAAAUUUGUGUGAAAAUAUGGUGAAGACUUCUGAAGCCAAUUCUCCAGCGCAUGAAGAAUUUGAACAGAUGCUCCUGAUUGCACACUACUAUUCUGCACGAUCAGCAGCACAAGGAGUUAAACAGCUGGAGACUAUUGCAGCAAAAAUUUCAAUAGCGUUGUUAAGGUAUACAGAUAUAAUACCAGCAGAUAAAGCAUUCUAUGAGGCAGGUUUUGCUGCUAAGAGUAUUGGCUGGACAAGCAUGGGCUUCAUAUUUCUAAAUCAUUUUUUGGAUCUAAGUGAUGGGAUAGAAGAAGGUAAUCUGCUUGCUCUUGAUCAUUCAGAUUAUCAGGAUACUGAUAUUCCGUUUGAGGUUCCAGUUCCUUCAAAGCAGCAUAUCUCAGAAGAGAAGCGUGAAGAAAUAAGAGACUGGGUGUUGACGGUGUGUAUAGAUCCAAAAGUGGAACAAGUUCUACCCAAAGAUGAAAGAGACACUUAUGAAGCAUCUUUGGUGGCAGUAAAUACUGGUAUACGUUCCCUGCCCUGUGUUAUUACAGGAUACCCUGUGCUUAGGAACAAAAUUGAAUUCAAAAGACCAGGGAAAGCAGCAAAUAAAGAUGAGUGGAAUGCAUUCCUGAUGGCUGUUAAGACAACUCACAGUCCAGAAUGCCAAGAUGUUCUGAAGUUUAUUGGCCAAUGGUGUGGAGGACUUCCCAGUGGUGGCUUCUCAUUUCAGUAAUACAGCAGUUUAACCAGAAGACGCAAUUCUACGCGAUGUUUGGCCUACUGUUUAAGUACUUAAUUAAAUCUUUAACAGUUUGAAGUGCUUCAUUUUAUGCGUGUUAACUCUGAUUUGAAUAUGGCUGCACAGUGACUAUAACAUUACAACUAUGUUGAAGACAGACAUUUAAUACAAAAGGUGUUAAAAGCACAAUUAUUUAAGCAAAGGUUAGGCAUUUUAUGUUGUGACUUAAUUUUCCUUACACUUUGUACAGUUAUUUUUAUUCACUACACAUUUGAUUAUGUAGUAAACUAGUAUGAAUUUAAAUGUAAUGUGGUAUCUGUCUCGAGAUCUCCUCUCUGACCUCAGCAUCCCCAAACAAAGACAGUAUUUCAACCAAAAAAAUGUUUGUAAACCAGCUCCUCUACAUUGUACAUGCAACAGUAAAUGCCUCUGAGUAAUCCUAGGAAAACGGCUGAAGAUUCUGAGGAUUUGCGCAGGUAACUAAUAAACACAUUCCAUGCUGUCAUGUUUAAGAACUAAUUUACCAAAUAGCAUUCAUCAUUUUUGCAAAUGCUGGUGCUGAAAUAUAUAGACAUAUUUUGGUAAGCAUUUGUUAAGAAUAUUAAACAGCAUAAACUUACUUAGAACCUAAAGUACUGCUACUGCUACUCCUAAAUGUGGAAUAUAUGACAAUUUAUAGAAAUGUUGCGUAUAAGGUAACACAAGGUCAAAUUAAUAUGAAUUCACCCAAAAUGUAAUUAUUUUAUUUCGGCCAGAUUAAAUCUACGCUUUAUACGCCAGACAGGUCUAGAUUAGACAUCAAACUUAAUCCUAAUUGUGAUUAAGACUCUAAAGGUGAAUCAAAUACAUUUGGAAUUUCAUCAUAAAAGCAUCUUACUAACUAGUUUCACUCAAUAUAGGUGGUGCCCUUAAUGCACAUAUUGCUCAAAUACAGAACAAUAGUAAGAAAACAUUAUUUAAGAUUAAAUGGUUUUACAAGUUUAUGUAGACAAUUUAUUUUUACAUAUGGAGAACAGGCUGGCUCCAUGACUUGUUCAUGGUCACAACUAUUUAGCGAUUGAACUGCCAACCUGUGAUUUAAAGGUCAGUUCCGUGAAUUUUAAUGUUGAUUCAUCUUUGAACCAAACUCCAGUAAAUAAGACUGGAGCCCAGUUAUUGAUGUCACAAGACAAGAAGGUACGGCAAGAAGCUGAAUCAAGAUCUAUUAUUUUUAACAUAGAAUCUGUUUUAAAUGCAUUAACAUUUUAAAGCAUUGAUACACUCAUAGCAGAAAACUGCAUUCAGAAAAGUUGAAAAUUAUACGCAUAUGACUUAAAAGCAUGCCACACAGAAAACCCUGAUUUCUUUAUAUUUGCACCAUUUGCAAAAAGCUCUUCCCAGGUAAGCUUAAAGUAUAUUUUAAUUAUCUACAAGUAAUAGAUAAUUGUUUUUAUUGCAUUUUUUUAUGACUGAUUAUUUAAACAAAUGUAUCAUCUGCUUUUUUUAAGUAUAUAAAGUAGUAAGAUAUUUUAUGAGUUUCGGUUUAUAUAGCACACUCUUAUUAGUUAUA